AAAAGUAGCCAGCCAUAUCUACCAACCAUCAGCACACAAAAAGUCAACAACAAGAGAGAGAAAAAAAAAAUAUAAAAUCGACAACGAAGGCGAGUGAGACGAGAACGAGAGAAAAUUUUCAUUUUCUAAUUUUUUCGUGAGAAAAUUUUAUUUUUUUUUGAAAAAAUUCGUGUGAAAAAUAUCAGCAAAUAGAUGAAAUACAUUUCAAAUCGAUAAAUUCCAUAUUAUUAAAAAGGAAUUUGACAAAAAAGAAUGCAAAUAAAUGCCGCCGUUUUAAGAAAGUGGAGUGUUUGUCGACGCUGUUGAAAAUUCACUGCAAUUGGUUUUCGUGUUUUGGCUCCUCCGUGGAUAAAAGAACCACAAAGAUAGACGCUGUGUGGGGCUGGGCUUCUGCCCCGCUGCGUUUGGCGGCAAACAGAAUGGGCGAUCCACUAUUGGGGGAUCGGCCGCCGUCGCCGGCGCGUCUAUCGCACACCUCAGAGAAGCAUCCCAAGGUGACACUGUCGGAGUUGAAUCUCCUACGGCGUCACCGUGAGUUGUGCGAUGUUGUGUUGAAUGUAGGCGGGCGCAAAAUCUUUGCCCAUCGAGUGAUCCUGUCCGCAUGCAGCCCCUACUUCCGGGCCAUGUUUACAGGUGAGCUGGAGGAGUCACGACAAACCGAAGUCACUAUACGCGACAUCGAUGAAAAUGCCAUGGAACUUUUAAUUGAUUUUUGUUAUACGGCACACAUCAUUGUCGAGGAAUCCAAUGUCCAAACACUGCUGCCAGCAGCUUGUCUCUUGCAACUCGUCGAGAUCCAGGACAUUUGUUGUGAGUUUCUCAAAAGGCAAUUGGAUCCGACAAAUUGCUUGGGCAUACGAGCAUUUGCCGAUACACAUUCGUGCCGGGAACUGCUACGCAUUGCUGACAAAUUCACACAGCACAACUUCCAAGAGGUUAUGGAGAGUGAGGAGUUCCUGUUGUUGCCCGUCGGCCAGCUGGUCGAUAUAAUUUGCAGCGAUGAGCUGAAUGUUCGAUCCGAGGAGCAAGUCUUCAAUGCAGUGAUGUCCUGGUUGAAGUACAAUGUGGCCGAUCGAAGACAACAUUUAGCUCAGGUCCUCCAACACGUCCGAUUGCCCCUAUUAAGUCCCAAAUUCCUUGUUGGCACUGUGGGCUCUGAUCUGCUAGUUCGAUCCGAUGAAGCCUGCCGAGACUUGGUCGAUGAGGCCAAAAAUUAUUUAUUGCUUCCACAAGAACGUCCAUUGAUGCAGGGUCCACGUACUCGUCCGCGAAAGCCAACACGUCGCGGUGAGGUUCUCUUCGCCGUGGGUGGAUGGUGUUCGGGCGAUGCUAUCGCAUCGGUGGAACGUUUCGAUCCCCAGACAAAUGACUGGAAGAUGGUGGCGCCCAUGAGCAAGCGUCGCUGUGGCGUUGGAGUCGCAGUUUUGAAUGAUUUACUUUAUGCUGUUGGUGGUCACGAUGGCCAGAGCUAUUUGAACAGCAUCGAGAGGUAUGAUCCUCAGACAAACCAAUGGUCCUGCGAUGUAGCACCGACUACAUCAUGCCGCACAAGUGUGGGUGUGGCAGUCCUUGAUGGAUUUCUGUAUGCCGUUGGCGGACAAGAUGGGGUGCAAUGUUUGAACCAUGUUGAAAGAUAUGAUCCCAAAGAAAAUAAAUGGUCAAAGGUGGCUCCAAUGACAACUCGAAGACUCGGAGUUGCUGUAGCCGUUCUUGGAGGCUAUUUGUAUGCUAUCGGUGGCUCAGAUGGACAGUGCCCACUCAACACUGUCGAACGUUAUGAUCCUAGACAAAAUAAAUGGUGUGCCGUUAAUCCAAUGUCAACGCGGCGAAAACACUUAGGCUGUGCUGUAUUCAACAAUUACAUUUAUGCCGUUGGCGGACGCGAUGAUUGCAUGGAACUAUCAUCUGCCGAACGCUAUAAUCCACAUACAAAUACCUGGAGUCCAAUUGUUGCUAUGACAUCUAGACGAAGUGGAGUUGGUCUAGCUGUAGUUAAUGGACAACUAUACGCUGUUGGUGGCUUUGAUGGGUCAGCGUAUUUGAAAACAAUUGAGGUUUAUGAUCCUGAGACCAACCAAUGGCGCCUAUGUGGCUGCAUGAAUUAUCGUCGUUUGGGUGGCGGCGUUGGCGUCAUGAGAGCUCCACAGACUGAAAAUUACAUGUGGAUUCGCAAAGACUCCGUAGUUUAAAUGCUACUCCAUCUCCAUUUAAUAAUUAAUAAAUUAAAAGAAAUAAUAAAAACAAAAAAUUCCAAAAUCAAAAAACAAAACAAAAGCAUUACACACAUUAUAAUCAAUCAUCAUUUUUUUGAUGAAUAAAUUCUAAAAUAAUACAACGCAAAUGAAAACCGCCAAAACUGGAGAAAUAUAUUGGUCUGCCACGUGUGUCUCCUUCAAGAAGAAAAAACAAAAUAAAAACAAACAAAAAACAGAAGAAACACUCCUCCCCGCCCCCUAAUUCUCCAUUUAGUUGUAUCUUUCUCCUCUUUUUUGUUCUAAGUUUGUAUUCUUAUUACCUAGUUUGUAAUGCAUUAUAUAGUUUAUAGUUAAAUAAAAAGAAUAAUAAAGAGAGAAAUAGAAAGAAUCGAGAAAAGAACCGAAAAGAGUAACAUCUAAAAGGACAACAAACAACAAAAAAAAAAAAAAAAAGAA